AUGACCAGGAUCUCAGCCAUUGCUGGUGACGAUAUCCAUAAGAUAACGUCAAGUCAGGUCAUUGUCGAUCUUAUAACCUGUGUGAAGGAACUCGUCGAUAACAGUAUUGAUGCGGGUGCCCAUAACAUCGAGGUGGUCUUCAAGAACUAUGGAAUGGAAUCUAUUGAAUGUAGUGAUGAUGGUGAGGGCAUCAGUUCCGAAAAUUUCGAAUCUUUAGCGUUGAAGCAUUUCACCUCCAAAAUAAGGUCCUUUCAAGAUGUCUCCUCGGUAACGACUCUCGGGUUUAGAGGUGAAGCGUUAUCAUCGAUUUGCUCUGUUGCACGGAUGAGUGUUGUUACAACGACCAAGCCGCCACGAGCUGACAAACUUGAAUAUGAUACAAACGGGGUUCUGAUUUCCAAAACUACGGUUUCACGCAAUAAAGGUACUACUGUUCUCAUUUCUGACUUGUUCUACAACUUACCUGUUAGGAGGAAGGAGCUCGAGAAAAGUCACAAGAGACAGUUCAGUAAAUGUCUCUCACUGCUGCAAGCCUAUGCUCUCAUCCAGGAUGAUGUUCAAUUUUCCGUCUGGAACGUCACUUCGAACCGGCGAAAGAGACUGAUCCUGAGCACAGCACGAUGUCAGGAUAUGCCAAAAAAGAUUCUGAGCAUUUUUGGCUCUUCAAGCAUGAGGGGACUCGCUCCGAUUGAGUUGGAACUCGAUCUGAACCCAUACAAGAAAAUGAUGAACAGAUAUAAGAUCGACAUGCCGGCUUACCGUGAUCUGGAUUACAUAAUAAAGGUACGCGGAUACAUCUCUAAGAGUUCGUUUGGGUGUGGCAGAAGUGCAAAGGACAGACAGUGCAUCUCAGUGAAUAAACGACCGGUUGAGUAUCCCGCGCUCCUACAAUGUUGCAACGAAGUUUACCACAAUUUUAACAACGUUCAGUUUCCAACGGUUUUUCUAGAUUUGAGCUUAUCUCCACAACUUCUGGACGUAAAUGUGACCCCGGACAAACGAACAAUCAUGCUGCACAACGAGCGAUACAUUAUCGAGGUUUUCAGAGAGAAUUUGAUCAACUACUAUGAUAGUCAAGAGCUUGUACUGCCGAAGUCUGGUUUAUCGCAAUUUGAUGACCCAAAAGUGAAGAAACGAAAAUUGGCUUCUCAGGUUUUGGAGAGCCAUUAUUGUGAAGAUGACUCUAGUGAUGACGAAAGCUUUCAAAGUUCGUUAUCUGUUCCGGCAAAGGAAGAGCCCGGAAAUAGCAGCACUCCCAUGGCUAGGAAACAUGUCACGCCUUCUGAAAGGUCUUCAGUUUCUACUCCUUCGGAAUCGAACGCCAGUCCCUCUCCUGCUGCAUCGACACAGACACUACCAAGCAAGUUUGUUAACAUCAAAGAGCUUCAAAAAUCAGACUCAUGCCUUUAUGACGCAUCUAGUGAAGAGUUUGCUCCAGAAUCAUCUGAGGACGCUGCGAAGAUUCCUAAAUCGCAAAGUCUAAAGGACACUUUAGAGCGAUAUAAGAAAUCAUCUCAAGGGGACAGCCCAUCAAAUGACAAAGACGCUAAAUCAUCUCACAAGACUGAGUCAAUCGUUGUGGAAGUAGAGGGAAAAAAAUUGGAUUACCAAGCAAAGUAUUCGAAGAGCGAAGGGCUUGCCUUUAUUUGCGACGCUGCAUCGUCACCAACAAAACCAUGUUGUGACGAUCAUGCAAAGUCUGAAAUGAAAGGUGAUGACAGUGAGGAAGAUCCAGAAGAUGAUUCAUUUUACGCUAGCAUGGAACCACGAGAAGUAAAUAUGCGCUCUGACGUGCCCUGGCGAGUCACGCACAACGUACCUCGUUCUACUUAUCGUUCCUUAACUGGUCGCAAUGAUUCCAGACGUUUUGAGGGCGAUGGUUUGGUCGUUAAGCAAAACAUCGAUAGCUCCUUUCGAAUGGUUCAUGUUAUGGCGAGUCGGAUGUCAGGGCGGCGGCAAAGCGGAAAGCACGUCAAUUCCUUCAAGAGAAAUGAAGAUCUAGAAAACUUUGAUGAAGGUGAAAGAUAUCUGACCUUAACAGUAAAGAAAAGUGAUUUUGAGGAAAUGGAGGUUGUUGGUCAAUUCAAUCUGGGAUUCAUUAUAGUGACACGACAUGCCAGAGGCAAGUAUGAUUUGUUCAUAAUAGAUCAGCAUGCAAGUGAUGAAAAAUACAAUUUUGAGAUGUUGCAAAAAUCAACUACCUUCAAAUCUCAAAAGCUGAUUGCUCCGCUUCCAGUUGAGCUUAGUGUUAUCGAUGAGCUGCUGGUGAUGGAACACUUGGACAUUUUUGAGAAAAACGGCUUUAAGCUGAUCAUCAACGAGCAGGAGACUCAAGGAUGUAAGAUAGAGAUAACCAAUUUACCAGUUUCUAAAAGAACUCUUUUCAACGUGGAUGAUUUUUAUGAGCUGGUGUAUCUCAUAAAAGAGAACUCUGGUUUACACCGCAACAAUAUACGUUGCUCUAAGAUUCGUUCCAUGUUUGCCAUGAGAGCUUGCCGAAGUAGCAUUAUGAUUGGUAAACCCUUAGCGAAAGCUACAAUGACUAAAGUAGUUCGCCACUUAAGUGAGCUGGAUAAACCCUGGAACUGUCCUCAUGGGCGACCGACCAUGCGUCACCUGAUGGAAAUAAAUGACUGGGAUUCGUUCUCGAGCGAUUAUGAGAUUUAA